AUGAGUGUUGCGAUUGGCCGAGCUCAUUUCAGCGAGGAGGAGUACGAAGCUGGCUGCUGCCAGCUAUUUGUUGAAAAUUUGGCCCACGAGGCCUUAGGAUGUUGUGCGAAAUCUCAAGUACUCGCAGAUUUUUUGGUUGAGGUCUCCCCUGAACUAGAAUCAGGGGCUCCGCGCGCAGAGAAAUGGUCGUUACAUGUCGAUGGUGCUUCCUCCCGACACGGCUCUGGGAUCGGAAUACAUCUCGUUUCGCCGACAGGAGAAGUACUCGAACGGUCAUUCCGGCUCGCAUUCACUGCCUCAAACAAUGAGGCCGAGUAUGAAGCCCUGAUCGCAGGAAUGAGAUUGGCAGGUGGAAUCGGGGUUAAGAAGUUACAAGUUUUUUGCGACUCGCAACUAGUAACUCACCAGUUCAGCGGCGAUUACGAAUGCAGGAAUGACCGAAUGGACGCUUACCUUAAGGUUGUCCAGGAACUGUCCAGCUCAUUUGAGUCGUUUGAAUUGACGAAAAUCUCUCGUAGCGACAAUGCUCCAGCUGACGCCCUGGCCGUCCUCGCUUCAACAUCCGACCCCGACCUCCGUCGAAUCAUUCCUGUCGAGAGUAUUGAUCAGCCGAGCAUCAAUCUCCCAACGAACAUCGAUCCCAUUGCUCAAGAUUAUAAAAAGAAAAAGGUUAUGGAGGAUGCGAGCAUCAACAUGCCAUCCUCAAAGAAACAAAGAACAGGUGAGGGUCCUCCCGUGCUAACAUUGCGUAUCUCUGAACCAUCGGCCGGUGCGCCAUCGACUUCUGUUAGAAGCACGACCGAACAAGAAUCCACCGAGCUGAUAUCCAACGAACAAAUAGCUGAAGAAUCAGAGUCCGCCGAACAAGAAUCCACCGAGCUGAUAUCCAACGAACAAAUAGCUGAAGAAUCGGAAUCCGCCGAACAAGGAUCCACCGAACGAAUUUCUGCCGAACGAGAAACAGGACAAGUAUCUGCCGAGCACGAGUCCGUCAAUCAAGGGCAGACCAGUUCCGAACCAAAAGAACGAUCAUAUGACUGGCAAGCAGAUAUCCGUUCCUACAUCACCGAUGGCAUUGCUCCGUCCGACAAAUGGGAAGCUCGGCGCCUUCGGGCCCGCUGCGCACAUUACACUCUCUUGGAUGGUAACGUUUUUCGCUGGACUGCAUCUGGCGCACUCUUGACCUGCGUCGGUCCCAAAGAAGUCGAUGACGUAAUGAGAGAAGUCCACGAGGGUUCCGGUGGCAAUCAUUCUGGGGCUCGCGCGCUCGCAAUGCGCAUACGCAACAAUGGUCAUUAUUGGCCUACCAUGAACGAUGAUUGCGAGAAAUUUGUCGCAAAGUGCGAAAAAUGUCAGCGCCACGCUCCCAUCAUCCACGCGCCGACCGAGCUCCUAAGGACAACAACGCCGCCAUACCCUUUCAUGAGGUGGGCAAUGGAUAUCGUCGGACCACUCCCCGUUUCUCGUCAGAAGAAAUACAUCCUGAUUAUGACGGAUUAUUUCACUAAGUGGGUCGAAGCAGAAGCCUUUGCCAAAAUCGGAACUGAGCAAGUCCAAAAGUUCGUAUGGAAAAACAUUAUAUGUCGACACGGACUCCCGUACGAGAUCGUCACUGACAACGGCACGCAGUUUACCUCACUACAAUUCGAAGGCUUUUGCGCGAAAUGGAGAAUUCGCCUGAGCAAGUCUACUCCUCGCUACCCGCAGGGAAAUGGACAAGCCGAGGCGACCAACAAGACAAUCAUUGACGGACUCAAAAAACGACUUGAGGAUAAGAAAGGUCUCUGGGCUGACGAGCUCGAUGGUGUCUUAUGGUCGCACCGUACCUCCCCCCGCCGAUCUACAGGACGGACCCCGUUCUCCCUUGCGUACGGAAUGGAGGCACUUGCACCAGAGGAAAUUAGCGUGCCAACCCUGCGACGCUCUAUGCUCGUCCAUAACCCUGCUCUGAACACAGAAAUGAUGCUCGAUACUCUAGAUACUCUCGAAGAGGAGCGCGGCAGAGCACUCACCCGAAUCCAGAACUAUCAGCAACAAGCGGCGAAGUUCUAUAACAAGAAAGUCAGGCCUCGCCACUUCGAUGAAGGUGAUCUCGUCCUCAGGAAAGUCUUUGAAAACACUGCCGAGCUAAAUGCCGGUAAAAUGGGCGUGAAAGACCCCAUCGCUUUACACUACUUAGUCAUAUUUUAG